AUGCCCUUUGCACAGCUGGUUCUCGGCAGCCCGGGCUCUGGCAAGAGCACCUACUGCGAUGGAAUGCAUCAGUUCAUGGGCGCCAUCGGGCGAGCAUGCUCCGUCGUCAACCUCGACCCUGCCAACGACCACACGAGCUACCCUUGCGCCCUCGAUAUCCGAACCCUCGUCAAGCUGGAAGACGUCAUGCGGCAAGACCAGCUGGGGCCCAACGGCGGCAUCUUGUACGCCCUCGAGGAGCUGGAGCACAAUGUGGACUGGCUGCAGGAUGGCCUGAGGGAGCUCGGCGACGACUACGUCUUGUUCGACUGUCCGGGGCAGGUUGAGCUGUACACGCAUCACGCGUCGCUGCGCAACAUAUUUUACAAGCUUCAGAGGUCGGGAUUCAGGUUUGUCUGCGUGCACUUGUCCGACUCCAUCUGCCUGACUCAACCGUCCUUGUACGUUUCCAACGUCCUCUUGUCCCUCCGGGCCAUGAUCCAGAUGGACAUGCCGCAUGUAAACGUGCUGUCCAAAAUCGACAAGGUGUCUCUGUACGACGAGCUGCCCUUCAACCUCGACUUCUAUACCGACGUCGACGACCUGACACAUCUGACACCAUUUCUGGAAGCUGAAUCGCCGGCUCUCCGCAGCGAAAAGUUUGCCGGACUCAACGAGGCCAUUGCCAAGAUGAUUGAGAGCUACGGGCUGGUGCGCUACGAGGUGCUCGCCGUCGAGAACAAGAGGAGCAUGAUGCAUGUGCUCCGCGUCAUUGACAGAGCCGGCGGGUACGUCUUUGGCGGGGCCGAAGGCGCCAAUGACACCAUAUGGGCUGUGGCGAUGCGCAACGAAGCCUCCAUGAUGGACGUUCAAGACGUACAGGAGCGGUGGAUCGAUGCCAAGGAUGAGUACGAUCGAUUGGAGCGAGAAGCUGACGAGGAGCAAGCGAAACUGGCCGAGGAGCAGGGCACGGAGCCGGAAACGCCAGCUCCCUCGAACCCGUCUUGGCCGGCCGCGGUGCAGGGGGGGGGUACGGAUCCUUAUGCUGAUUUCGGGGACAUGUCGAUUCCAUCUAGCAGCGGAAUCAGAGUCGUUCGGAAAAAUUGA